CAUGCCCGAGUUGCCUGUAACGAACGUUGCAUUGAAGCGCGCUCAUGGCUCAAGCGAUCCCCACUGUAAACAAGACGUGGCCGAGUACAGCGGAACAUCCGUUGCAUGAUUUCGUUACAUAGCAACUCGCAUGAAACGAACUUACCCUAGCGUGCGUAAAGAAGUUUCACUUCAAAAAAAAACAUGUAAAUAUUCAAAUUUAUAACAUUAAUGCCUGUCUAUCUAAAUUUGAAUUUGCUUUCUAUCUAACAAUGCGGAAGUAGUUUUUGCGUAGUUCGUAGGUGCCAUACCAUACACUGUGAAUGCUGUGAAUGUUCGAAGUGCAGCGUAUUAUAAGAUAAGAUGUUCUGGAAUAUGUAAAUAACUACUAAGUUAGCUGACGGAUUUACAUUAUAUCUGCGUGUAUUGAGAAUCGCCGUACUUCUAUAAAGCACAAAUCGAACUUGCAUGUAAUUGGUUAAAAGUCAAAGAGAACUAUAAUAAUAAGUAAUAACUAUAAAAUUUGCCAUGUAAAAAGCAAGUCUUGCCGUAAAAAUAAAUGAAUAACUACCGGCAAUUAUUUUAGUAUUUUUUGAAAUAAUUGUUUCACAAUUUAGCGUAAGUAAUAAACAUUCAAAUACAUUGUAUUCCUUAAUAAGACAAUUACUGUACAAUAGUAAUAACGAGGUAUUCAGUACUUUUGGGAUUAUGCAUUGAUGUGUAUUAAAAGAGAAGUCACAAUUUUUAUUUUCAAUUAGUUGAUUAAUAUUAGCAAUAAAAUUUAAAAGCACUGUAUUUACUAAAAAAAGGAUUGCUGUAAUUUACGAUUGGUCAUUAAUAUUCAGUGCGGAACUGCGAUAGCAGUGGACGUGGGUUUUUUUAUCAAUAAACUAUCAGCAUCCUUAGCUAAAAUAACACUUAAUAUUAUUUUUAUUGCCGUACAAGAUUUGUCUAAAAAGGUAAGUAAAGUUUAUUUGAUUUGCUUAUUUAUUCGUUUAUUUACGUACAGAAGCUGUCAUAGAAAGAGGGAAAUAUAAUUAAUUAUUCAGAAUAAGAUGUCAUUUUGCGGUUCACGAAUUAAAAAAAAAGUAACAGAUUAAAAGCGGAGAUGAGGAAAUUAGUUAUUGUACCAUGUGUUUAAAACUGAAGACCCAAAAUAUGAAAUGAUACAAAUACUUCCUAAAUGUAAAAUUAUUGUAAAAAAACAUUUGGAAAUACAAAAUGCAAAAUGGAUAUUUUCAAAAUUGUUAAUAAAAGGUUGUUUUUAUUAACAAUUAUAAGCUCUUGUGGUGUCAGUAUUUGGAUUUUAACUAUACAGUCACCAUAUAACUUUUUGCUUCAAAAACCACGAUAUGUAGUCAUGCGCUAAAGACGCCCAGCGUCAAAUCGACCGACGCAUCGCGACGGUGACGUUAAGGUGCGAAUCAGACAAUAUGAUGUGACUGGUAAUAUUAAUCGUUGCACAACACCGGCAGGAAAUUAUAUGAAAAAUGUAUCUUAAAUUAAUACAAAUAUUGAAUUAACAAUAUUAAAAAUUAAAGCUUCAUGAAGGAACGGAUUUGAAAAAGGUUUAAAUACCGACCAAUGAAUGUAAGCGAGUCAUGUUGGAAAUUACGACCAGCAAUUCUGUUGUGGAUUCUGAUAUUUUUCUGCGGAUCAGUUUUACUUUUCAUCGACUACCGCCUUCCUUACAGAGAAAUGGAUGUCAAAAUGACUUUAAUAUAUCCAUUAAAAAGUACCGACCACAAAAUCCCAAUUCGGGAAAAUUUGCGGGGCUACCUCAUAAAAACAACCGGUUGUAGAAUCCCAGAUAUGGACCCUUUCGAUCCAACUGUUAGAGAAUACAUCUAUAAGGAGAACCCAAUAAAAUGUAAUGUAACUUUGCCACCCUUGGUUGAAGCAAAUUUGACUUCUUUGUCCGUUAUAAAAUCUUCGUUUAAGGCAUAUAAAAUAAAAUACUUAGACGUUUUUGUAUGCUGCUACUUUGUUUUUAAAAGAUACGACCCGAAAAAAGAUGAAGAAGAUAAUGAUAUAUUAAUUAAUAGAACCUGCGUAAAGUUCAAAUACAGCAUACUAAUUAAAGAUGAAUUUGUAAAAGUAAAGUGCUUUUAUAACGGGUCUGAAAUUUACAAAGACUUUUUUUGUUUCGUACCUCCAAAAUUUGAGAUUAACAAUGAAAUUCAAAAUUCAAUGCGGAAGCCGCUAAGCAUACUAAUAGCCGGUUUAGAUGGAGUAUCAAGAGUGAAUCUACAUAGACAAAUGCGAAAAACUAUGGAUAUACUCAAAAAUGAACUUAAGGCAGUUGAAUUUCUUGGAUAUAAUAAGAUCGGUGAUAACACAUUUCCUAAUUUGAUAGCAAUUUUAACCGGUCUAUCGGAAGACGAACUGAGUCAAGUUUGUUGGUCCAAUAACACAGAUCAUUUUGAUAAUUGUCCUUUUAUUUGGAAAAAAUACAAACAGAAAAAGUUUGUCACUUCUUAUGCAGAAGAUGCAUCGUGGAUGGGAAUUUUUAAUUAUCAGAAGAACGGUUUCUGUAAGCAACCAACUGAUUACUACUGGCGCACAUUUAGUUUUACGGCCGAUAAGCAAAUUGGAAAUCAAAUUUUGAUGAACAACAAUUUGUGUUUAGGCGCUAGGCUGGAAUAUAAAAUUCUCUUAGAUUAUAUUAAAAAUUUUGUGGACUCAAUGAGGAUUUAUAAAAAAGCUUUCUUUAAUUUUUUCUGGAGCGCUGGUUUGAGUCACGAUUUUCUCAAUUAUCCCCGUUUUGGAGAUAACGAUUUUGCGAAACUGUUCAACUAUUUGCAUAAGACUGAUACUCUAAAUCAGACCGUUUUGAUAUUUUUAAGUGAUCAUGGGAUUCGAUGGAGUGGAAUAAGGUCAACUAAUCAAGGAAUGUUGGAGGAAAGAUUACCAUUUUUAUUUAUUACAUUACCGAAAUGGUAUAAGAAAGAAUUCCCAAUGGUAUACGAAAAUUUACAGAGAAAUUCAAAAAGAUUAACAACUCCUUAUGAUCUACAUUAUACUUUGCGUGAUUUAUUGGAUCCAUACAAACUAACGUCAAACUUUUUAAAGAAAAGGAACCAAAUAAGUUCGGAAUCAAGAAGUUAUAGUCUUUUUGAUAAUAUUCCUGAAAACAGAACCUGUGAUUCAGCGAAUAUUCCUUCACAUUGGUGUGCGUGUCAAGAAAAUGUCGAGAUAGAAGUUAAUUCAACAAUGGCGGUAGAAGCUACUGAAUUCGCUGUCGCAUAUUUAAACGCCAAAAUUAGUGAUUUUAAACAAUGCCAAAAUUUAACGCUUAAAAAAAUAAUCAGCGCAAAAGUUAGCUUUAGCGGAAAUAUUAGCAGUUUAGGAGAAGGGGCAAAAAAGGAUUUUACUGUUAGUUUUGUAACAGUACCGGGUGACGCCAUCUUUGAAGCUACCGUGAGACAAACUUUUUUCAAAGAAAACGGGCUAGAGAAUAAAGAACUACCUUAUACCCUAAAAAUAACAGGCACAGUUAGUAGAUUGAAUCUUUACGGAAGUCAAAGUGAUUGUGUUUCAGAUUUUCAUAUGAAACUAUAUUGUUAUUGCAAUACUUAAGUUCUGCUGUGAUAGACUGAAAAUAUUUA